AGUAUUAUUGCUCCGUCGACAGAGGCAGCACCACAAUUUUCCUUAAAAAAAAAAACGUUGAAAAUUUUAUUGAUUUGAAAAUUUGUAAAAUGGGUACGAGCAAAUUGCCAACACGGGCUUGCGAACAAGGCAAUCAACUAAACUGGCAAAGAAUACGAAGAGUUUUGAGAAGGCUGCGGAAUCGAAUUAGUGCGUCGGGCGACAGGAUUUACUUGCAGAAUAGGGUGCCUAUCCAUGUGCCGGUGAACCGCCGGGAGAAUUCGCAAAGUAGGAGGAACCGUCGGCGUAGGGCUGCCAGGGAGAGGGCCCGCCGAGCGGAAUUAAACGCGGGGACCGAGGUUAACCAAGCACCAUCACGGCUCGUAGGUCUAAGAAUCACUCUUACCAGGGACAAUCUAAUCCCGGGUGAGAAUCCACCACCACCUCCACCCCCACCGCCACCACCACCACCACCACGUCGAUCGCGAUCCCAGGCCCCGAUUCGAAUCAGAGCAGUAAUAAUAGUGGCAAGUCGACGUGUGCAAAUACGCCUAGCUCCAGCUGAGGAAGCGGAACCUGAGAACACUGAUUUCAGUUCAGAUUAGGGAGGUUCAAGAUCCCCAAUAGCAAAAU